GUUUCAGGCUGCAGCCCCUCAGCAGAGUGCAGGUGAUACUGCAGCACGUGGUGAGGAGGAAAAUGUGUAAGCAUACGGACUCUACGGCUGAAGUGGUGUUGGAAAAGAGAGGAGGAGCGGGAAUAAUAACUUUGAAUAGACCCAAGGCUCUCAAUGCAUUAAAUCUUUCAAUGAUCCGACAAAUUUAUCCACAAAUAAAGGCAUGGGAGCAAGAUCCUGAAACUUUUCUAAUAAUUAUUAAGGGAACUGGAGGAAAAGCUUUUUGUGCUGGGGGUGACAUCAGAGCCAUGGCAGAUGCAGGAAAACUUGGAGAUAGCCUGGCACGAGAUUUCUUCAGAGAAGAAUAUACCUUGAACAAUGCCAUUGGCACUUGCAAGAAGCUGUAUGUGGCACUUAUUGAUGGCAUUACGAUGGGAGGGGGAGUUGGCCUCUCAGUUCAUGGACAUUUCCGUGUUGCUACAGAAAAGACAGUCUUUGCAAUGCCAGAAACAGCAAUAGGCCUUUUCCCUGAUGUGGGCGGAGGCUAUUUCUUGCCAAGACUUGCAGGAAAGAUCGGCUAUUACCUUGCGCUAACAGGAUUUCGGCUAAAAGGAAGAGAUGUGCAAAAAGCAGGCAUCGCUACCCAUUUUGUAGAAUCAGAAAAGCUACCUGCCUUAGAGGAAGACUUGAUUGCACUUAAAUCUCCUACAAAAGAAAAUAUUGCAGACUUACUGAACUCUUACCAUGUGAAGAACAAAAUUGAUCGAGAAAAGGAGUUUGUACUUGACGAACACAUGGAGAAGAUUAACAGUCUUUUUUCAGGAGCUACCAUGGAAGAAAUAGUUGAAAAAUUAAAACAAGAUGGUUCUGCUUUUGCCAUUAAGCAGCUAGAGACUCUUCAGAAGAUGUCUCCAACGUCCUUGAAGCUGGCACUGAGGCAUCUGAGAGCAGGUGCUUCCAUGAGCCUGCAGGACGUCCUGACCRCGGAGUACCGGCUGAGCCAGGCCUGCAUGAGAGGUCAUGAUUUCUACGAAGGUGUUCGAGCAGUGCUCAUUGACAGAGACCAGGCCCCGAGAUGGAAACCCGCUGCGUUGGAGGAGGUCAGCGACGAAUUUCUGGACGAUUGCUUUAAACCUCUGGGAGACAACGAUCUCAAGCUGUAAAGACCGAGCCUAAAGACUGUGUUUAUACAUGGGCUUGAUUUUAGGGCAUGCAAAUUAAUAGUAAUGUGUUGUGGCUCUUUUCUUAGCCUCUCUUCAGUUCAUAGGUCUCUCUGUGUUCAAGACCAUUCUCUUGUUUGCGCUUCCAUAAAGACAAAAUAAUCAUGACUGGUUAAAUGGGAAAAAACCCUUCAAGGAGGAUUAUUUUUACUGAAAAAAUUUAGUAUACUAUUGAAUUCUUGGCAUUCACUCUGAUUUAAGGAGCAACCUUUGAAGGGAGCAGCAUGGCUAAMGGGGAGCUCUUGCUAUUCUUGGCCCUGUCACUGAUUUUURAAUGAAAUGAAUAGGAAAUGUACUUGAGACUGUGAAACAGAGCUAUGAAGGAAGACACAAGACAUUUUAAUAAUGUCUAAAUUCAUGGUGUUAAGCGAUAUUUUAAAUAAAAGGUCAAGCUGACACAAUCCUAACAGCAAAAACCUAUUGAUUUAAUACUUAGUCUUGCUGUAACACUGAUGUAGACACCGAUGUAGACCGUGAUUCAAAUACCAUAACAGCAGAGCCUAUACAUGGCUUGACUUGGCAGCCCAGAUUUUGAAAAUGCCACUAAGUUUGAUUGAACUUUAUAAUGAUUUUUUUCUGAAAAAUGUCUUGUGGGUUUUCCUGUCUCAUAGCGGUGAAGAAGUAACGGUCUGGGAGCUCCGUGUGGCUGCUCAGAGCUGCCC